AAGCGGGGGUGGUAGUCUGAGGAGAAGGGUGCGUCCUCCUGCGUACGGAAGCCCCGGCGUGUGGGGCCAAGGGGAGGAGCGCCGCGGCGGCAGCGGUAGCAACUUCAGCAGCAACAGUAGCAUUACCACCACCACUACCACCCGGGAGGCGGUGGCGGUGGCGGCGACGGGGGCGGCCAGGCCGGAGAUGGCGGCGCGGUGGAGCAGCGAGAAUGUGGUGGUGGAGUUUAGGGACUCCCAGGCAACUGCAAUGUCUGUAGAUUGUCUUGGGCAGCACGCUGUGCUUUCUGGCCGCCGAUUCCUGUACAUUGUGAAUCUGGAUGCUCCAUCUGAAGGUCACCGAAAGAUCUCUCGUCAGAGCAAAUGGGACAUUGGAGCAGUGCAGUGGAAUCCCCACGACAGCUACGCACACUACUUUGCAGCUUCGAGCAACCAGCGGGUCGAUCUUUACAAGUGGAAAGAUGGCAGUGGGGAAGUUGGCACAGCAUUACAGGGGCAUACCAGGGUGAUCAGUGACUUGGACUGGGCAGUAUUUGAGCCAGACUUGCUGGUUACCAGUUCUGUGGACACCUACAUCUACAUUUGGGAUAUCAAAGACACAAGGAAACCCACUGUUGCACUGUCUGCUGUAGCGGGAGCCUCACAGGUGAAAUGGAAUAAGAAGAAUGCUCACUGCCUUGCUACCAGUCAUGAUGGAGAUGUACGGAUAUGGGACAAGCGGAAACCUAGCACUGCAGUGGAAUAUCUUGCUGCACAUCUUUCUAAAAUUCAUGGGUUGGACUGGCACCCAGACAGUGAGCACAUCCUAGCCACCUCAAGCCAGGACAACUCUGUCAAGUUCUGGGAUUACCGCCAGCCUCGGAAAUACCUCAAUAUCCUCCCUUGCCAGGUGCCUGUCUGGAAGGCCAGAUACACUCCUUUUAGCAAUGGGUUAGUGACUGUGAUGGUUCCUCAGCUUCGGAGAGAAAAUAGUCUCCUCCUCUGGAAUGUCUUUGACUUGAACACACCAGUGCAUACUUUUGUGGGGCACGAUGAUGUUGUGCUGGAGUUCCAAUGGAGGAAACAGAAGGAAGGGUCCAAGGAUUAUCAGCUGGUCACCUGGUCCCGGGACCAAACCUUGCGGAUGUGGAGAGUGGAUUCACAGCUACAGAGGCUCUGUGCAAAUGAUAUCCUGGAUGGUGUUGACGAGUUCAUUGAGAGUAUUUCUCUUCUACCAGAACCAGAGAAGACCCUCCACACCCAAGAUUCAGAUCACCAACCUAACUUGAGCCAUGGGGAGGAGGAAGCUUCCAAGGAAGAUCCCCCUAACAACAUCCUAUUGGGGAAGAAAUCGGAGCAGUUGGGGUUACCCCAGACGCUACAACAAGAAUUCUCCUUGAUCAAUGUGCAGAUCCGGAAUGUUAACGUUGAGAUGGAUGCUGUCGAUAGAAGCUGCACAGUAUCUGUUCACUGCAGUAACCACCGAGUCAAAAUGUUAGUGAAGUUCCCAGCCCAGUACCCCAAUAAUGCUGCCCCUUCUUUCCAGUUUAUUAACCCAACAACUAUUACAUCUACUAUGAAGGCAAAACUCCUGAAGAUCCUGAAAGAUACCUCCCUACAGAAAGUGAAGCGGAACCAGAGCUGUUUGGAGCCCUGCCUGCGCCAACUUGUCUCCUGCCUUGAAUCUUUUGUGAACCAGGAAGACAGCACAUCCAGCAACCCCUUUGCUCUCCCAAAUGCUGUCACGCCACCCUUACCCACCUUUGCUCGGGUGACCAGUGCCUAUGGAUCUUACCAGGAUGCCAAUAUCCCCUUUCCUCGGACCUCAGGAGCCAGGUUCUGUGGAGCAGGUUACCUGGUGUAUUUUACAAGACCCAUGACAAUGCAUCGGGCAGUUUCUCCGACAGAACCUACUCCUAGGUCCCUGUCAGCCUUGUCUGCCUAUCAUAGUGGUUUGAUCACCCCGAUGAAAAUCCGCACAGAGGCCCCUGGUAACCUGCGCUUGUACAGUGGGAGCCCCACACGCAAUGAGAAAGACCAGGUCUCUAUCAGCUCCUUCUACUAUAAGGAACGGAUGUCUCCUCGCUCUGCCCGGCGACGUUGGUCCAUACAAGCAAUUAACGACUUCCCGAAAUCACGAAGAUGGAAGAGCAAACGUGAGGGUUCAGACUCUGGCAACCGUCCAAUUAAAGCUGCUGGGAAAGUCAUAAUCCAGGAUAUUGCCUGCCUGCUGCCUGUACACAAAUCACUAGGAGAACUCUACAUACUGAAUAUCAAUGACAUUCAGGAAACCUGCCAGAAGAAUGCCUCCUCUGCCUUGCUUGUGGGACGGAAGGAUCUUGUGCAGGUUUGGUCACUGGCUACAGUAGCUACAGACCUUUGCCUUGGCCCAAAGUCUGAUCCAGAUUUGGAGACACCCUGGGCUCGACAUCCUUUUGGGCGCCAACUAUUGGAGUCCCUGUUGGCCCAUUACUGUCAACUCCGAGAUGUCCAGACACUGGCCAUGCUCUGCAGCGUGUUUGAAGCCCAGUCCAGGCCCCAGGGAAUUCUGAACCCCUUUGGACCCUUUCCUAAUCGUUCUUCCAACCUCGUGUCCCACAGCCGAUACCCCAGCUUUACCUCCUCUGGCUCUUGCUCCAGUAUGUCAGACCCGGGCCUCAGCACGGGAGGAUGGAAUAUAGUGGGCAGGGACACGGAGCACGCCUCCUCACCCUGGGGAGAGUCCUCGCCGGACGAGCUGCGCUUCGGGAGCUUGACGUACAGCGACCCCCGCGAGCGAGAGCGAGACCAGCACGAUAAGAACAAAAGGCUCCUGGACCCCGCCAACACGCAGCAGUUCGACGAUUUCAAGAAGUGUUAUGGGGAAAUCCUGUACCGUUGGGGUCUGCGCGAGAAACGAGCUGAAGUGCUGAAGUUUGUGUCCUGCCCUCCCGACCCCCAUAAGGGCAUUGAGUUUGGCGUCUAUUGCAGUCACUGCCGGAGUGAGGUUCGUGGAACCCAGUGUGCCAUCUGCAAGGGCUUCACGUUCCAGUGUGCCAUCUGCCACGUGGCCGUGAGAGGCUCCUCCAACUUCUGCCUGACCUGUGGCCACGGAGGCCACACCAGCCACAUGAUGGAGUGGUUCCGCACCCAGGAGGUGUGCCCGACUGGCUGUGGCUGCCACUGCUUGCUCGAAAGUACAUUCUGAAAUCGCCGGCCUGCCUGGAGAGCCUCGCCAGGGGCUCAGUCUAUCCCGGAAGGAGGCGAUUCCUUCCCCGUUGGUCCACUGCUGGCAGUGGUCAUCGCCCCACGGGGGCUGGAGCCACGCGCAGCCGAGCCUCCUGGGUUCUAGGCGCCUUCCUGAGGUCCAGCAGGACCAGAACAAAGAAGAGAUCAAAGCCGGGUGCAAAAGACGGUCUUCUCAGCCAACUGAGCGAACUCCUAAUGGAACGGACAAGGGCCUCUUCCUUGCAGGGGCGACGCUGCACUUCAGGAUUCUUGAGAUGGUUUUCACUUUUGAGCUGCUAUUUCUUGACCAGUAAAAUUCUGGUGACGAUGUAAGAAAGGAUUAAACCACAUUUUAAUGGAGCGUGUACGAUUUUUCUGCUUUGUGUUCAUGAUAGUUGCUAUAAAAAGAACAAAUUAAAUGCCUAGACUGUGUGAGAGAAAAUGCCAGCGUGCUUCUGAGAGCAGAAAAGGAUUUCCCUCUGUCGGUGGAAGAUGGAAUGCGCGGACUCGGCCGACAGAAAGAGCCGGUGUCUUGUCUGCACGAAGGUGGACGUCUGUGCUUGGCCCCUGGAGCCGCUUUCUGUCCUGCUGCUGCUGCCCCGGCUUCGGAUCUUGUUCUAAGGUUGCGUCCCGUUCUCCUCCUCCUUCCCUUCCGCACCCCUCCCUGCUCUCUAGCUCUGUACACAGCCUAAGCGGGUCUGGGAAGGGAGGCCGCGAGCCAAGAUUUCUCUCUUCGAUGAACGUUUACAGCUCCAAAGAGAUGUCAGUUUAAGGAAUACGCAUGGAAUUCCUCAGCGUUUACAGACGUGAGCGUGUUUGGACUCCUCAAACGGUGCCUUAAAGAAACAAGCCUCUGGUCCUUGUUGCAGCGCGGCUGUUUCGCAGGACGCCUCACUUAGCCAAGAUGCAAGUGCAGCCGCGUCCCCCAAGACUGCCUUCCCAGGAGGAACCUGGAAAAGCUGGCCCAGCCAGGAGCGGCCGGGCCUUUUCCAUCCUCCUGCCUGUUCCGGUGUAUGAGCGGCAGUGGCAAAGGAGCGCCUCGGUCACCACACAGAACGAGCGCCGUGGCUGUCGGGAGUGUGCGCAGAGGACAGGAUCCGUCACCUCCCCGAUGGCAUCCCAGAUUGCCCAGAGGAAGAGCACUUUCCCACCCAGGUGGCCUGGACUGAUGGGAAAGCCUGUCUCUCUGUGUGUUUUUUGUGUUUACAGGCGUGCCAUGAUGUAAACGUUCUUCCUUUUGAAGUUGUUUAAACACACACACAAGUCUUGUGAGUCUGUUGUUACCAUUGCGUGCUAAGGAAUUUAAAGAUGAAAAGGUCAUUCUCCCCUCUUUCUCUCACCUUUCAGAAUGGACGUUUCUUUUAGAAUUGACCAUAUUCCAAAGUUGAGAAUCCUACCUUUUGUUCUUAUAUUUGUAACUUCUUUUCAGCCAUGUGGGAUCUUUAAGUGCUUUCUAAAAAAAAUAAAAUAAAAACAGUCCCUCACCUUC